UUCUCGGAACGGCAUGCACUUCGUCAACCGAAAGUACGGUAUGCGCACUUCGCAACACUGGAUGCAAAGAUGGCGUGUGUGCUUGUAACCUUGGAUACAAAGGCAGUGUGACUUGCAGCUUGAUCGUUGGAACAUCAUGCACUGCACAAAACGAAGCUACAGUUUGCAGUCUAGAGAAUGCCGAAUGUAAAGAAAGUGAGUGUGCUUGUAAGCCUGGAUACUAUGGCAACACGUGUCUCAAAAUUAUUGGAAGUGAUUGUAGCGGUAGUGCUGCAUGUCCUGGCGAUGCUAAUACAAUGUGUAAAAGUGAUAAAUGUGAAUGUAAAGAAGGCUAUGCAGACAAGGAUGACGUUUGCACACAGAAUGUCGAUGGAAUUGAUUGCUCAACUGUUAAAACAGCAUGUGACAAUACUGAAAAUGCCGUAUGUGAAACAGACAAUGGUAAAUGUAAAUGUAAAUCUGGCUACAAGAUGGAUGUCGACAAAUGUGAAAUGGAGAAUUCUGCUGCAAUGACCGGAUAUGGGGCGAUUGUACUGGCGUUGUCACUUCUGGCAUCAUACCUUAUGCUGCUCUAAGGGAAAUCAAGUUUGUUUGCUUCGUAUGGAUUUUCUAUACUCUUCACAGUCCUUCUUUCCACAUGUGAAAAAGACUUAUUUUUAGACUUAUGAUUCAAUUUCAACAUAAGAUGACAAAAAUACCUAAUGUCCAUAUUUCAUAGCUCAAUACAUUUUUAGUCAUUUCGAUCUAGUUUAUAAAAAAAACGCAUCGAUUUAAAAGUUACGGUGAAGUUAACAUCCCGAGAAAAAACUUUUAACGAGUGAUAAAUAUAUUUCCUUUUCUGUUACACAAAAGCCUUUAAAUGAUUCAUUUUAUUAUCUCGCACACUAGGACUGAAAUCAUAACAACUUUUCACAAAUUGUUACAUAAUUAACUGAUAUUAACCAAUCUCCUGACAAUGAACUAAUGAAUUGUGAAGUUACUUACUUUUCCUUUGAAUGUAUGUCGAUAUCUUCCAGCAAAACCAUAAGUGAACUGUGCUUCAAUUACUAUUUAUCAUAGUUUGGGAACCUUUCUGUUGAAAAUGUAUCAGAAAUAAACCAUAUACAUAUACAUGCACAGUGCGUUAACUGGAGUGCAGGUAUUAGUUACCGGAACUCACGGGCAUGCCCAUUUUUUGGUUCAUUUUUGCUUGGGUUUACUUAUAGUGACGAAAUGGGACAGGAAAAGCAUAUUAAGAUGCAUGUUCAUUGGUUACUUUUUUCUGGGGUUUCAUAUUGUGCCAAGAGGGAACGUUUUUUUAUGUUUGACUAUGCUACAAAAGAGAAACAGAAUCAAAACACUCGGCAAUCUGUUUGUUUUGUGUUUCGAUGCUCUUUCUAUUACUUAAAGCACAAUUCUUUUCAUAUGGAUUAUCAGCUUGGUUUAAUCUGAUCGUUUAAGAUAAAUCUUCAAAACCUGUUUGCUUUUCAUUUGAAAAAUGUGCAACUACAAAAUCAUUCAUUUAAAUAUUUUUUUAAUUGAGCUGUGUACCUCACGUUUUGCUUCUGGCUUUUGAAUAAGAUGCACUGAGUUAACGCUUAAAGUCAUCAGACAUUCUAACUAUUCUACGAAAAGAGGUUCAAGCCACGAAAUCACCUUUAGAAGAUUAAGAACUGAACUCUCUGCUGCAAAAAGUUUCUCUGGCGAAGAUCCUGCGUUGUGAAUUUUGUAUAUUAUAGAAUGUUAUUUAUGUUGUUACAUUGCACAAUUAUUAGUCAUCUGGUACACUUUCAUUACCAAAAAGGAACACUUCAAUUGCCUAUGGAAUUAUCAACAUUACAAAAAAGUGAAAGUAAUGAAAUAUGAACUGCUAUUAAAUAGAUCCAUAUAUAUAUAUAUAUAUAU